AUUGUAAAUUAUCAUGAUGAAUAGAAUCUGUUAGGGCAAAAAGCUCUUGCAAAUGUAUAGUAGAUAUUUUGAAGUUGUGAAACAAUGAGAUACGCACAGAUAGUACUGGGUCCUGCUGGCAGCGGUAAGACCACAUACUGUAAGAUGUUCCAGGAAUAUCUGUCGGCUUGCAAACGUGUUUGCCAUAUCAUCAACCUGGAUCCUGCUACAGAGGAAGGUAUCGUCUUUGAUCAUGAAAAAAAGUCAAAGAAACCGGGACAGAAGAAGGAAGAGAUUAACCCAUUCGAUACCGAUAUACGUGAUUUUGUGGAUAUUGGAGCAGUUGUAGAAGAGGAAGAAUUGGGACCAAAUGGAGCGCUCGUCCGCAGUGCCGAGCUCCUUGGCGAAAAUAUAGAAUGGUUGGCAGAACAGAUUGAAGAGACUUAUGGUGAUGAAGCAUAUCUACUAUUUGAUACUCCCGGUCAAAUUGAGCUUUUUAUACACAUUCCUUAUGUAAAGAGGAUAACACAGCUUUUACAAAGAUUAGGAAUAAAUGCCCUUGCAGUAUUCUUGCUUGAUGUAAGCUUUAUGACUGAUCCGUCCAAGCUCAUUUCUGGGUCAUUGGCUGGUCUUGCAGCAAUGGUUAAUUUGGAAAUGCCACAUAUAAACAUUUUAUCAAAGUGCGAUCUGCUCUAUGAUGCGGAUACUACAGGGAAUAUUAACCUAAAACCAUUUGCAGAUGUUACUAGCAGCACAUUUGGGCUUUCAAAACACCAUUUAAACUUUCAAAAGUCUAUAAUGUCUGGUGAGGAUUGUGAAGAUAUGAAUUAUGGCACUCUUUGUACUUCAAUCAAUAAGAGCGCAGACGACUUGGUGGAAGCAUUAGAUGCUCACUUACCACCAACGUAUAGGAGGUUAAACACUGCGUUUGCAUCCCUGUUGGAGGAUUUCGAUUUGGUUGGAUUUCUUCCUUUGAACAUAAACGAUGAGCUUUCACUCGAACAGAUUUUGGUUGCUACAGAUGUUGCCCUGCAGUACGGAGAAGAAGCUGAACCAUCUGCGAAAUUUGACCUUUCAGAUACUAUUUAGAUGGUAAAACACCAGAAGCAUUACGAAUUCAUGUUUGCAAUCAUUUUUGCAUGACGAUAAAUUUGUUUAACAUCGC